AUGGAUAGAUAUGAAAUCAAAGAAAAUAUAGGAAAAGGUAGUUAUGCAAUUGUAAAAUUAGCAAGGGAUACAUUAACAGAUAAAAAAGUCGCUAUAAAAAUAUAUGAUAAAUACAAACUUUUAGAUCCAUAAAAACUAAACAAUGUAAAAAGAGAAAUAACAAUACUAAAAAAAUUAGAUCAUGUAAAUAUUAUUAAGUUAAACCAAAUUAUAGAUACUAGAUUAACUGUAAAUCUUGUAAUGGAAUAUAUAUCUUAAUUAUCUCUAAGAUAGUUUAUGAAAAAUUAAUAAGGUAAAAUUCUUGAUGAAAAAAUUGCAAAAAUGGUAUUCAAAUAAAUAGUUUUUGCUGUCUAAUAUUGUCAUGACUUUGAAGUUAUACAUAGAGACAUUAAACUUGAAAACGUUAUGCUUGAUUCUUCAAAUUAUUAAAUUAAACUUAUUGAUUUUGGAUUUGCUAUUCGAGUAUAACCAGAUAAAAAACUGAAUAUAUUUUGUGGUACUCCUAGUUAUAUGUCUCCUGAAAUUACUAGAAAAAAAGAAUAUUAUGGAAAACCGGCUGAUAUAUGGAGUUUAGGUAUACUCUAAUACAUACUUGUAUGUGGAAGGUUCCCAUUUAAAGGUAAGGAUGAUAAUUAAUUAUUCAAAAAAAUUCAAUAAGGUGAAUAUAGCUUCCCUAAUUUUGUAAGUAGCUCUGCUAUAUCUCUAAUUAAUAGAUUACUCAGACAAAAUCCUUUAGAAAGACCAACUGCGAAAGAGAUACUAUAUGAUAAAUGGUUUAAUUGA